CGUCUAGGCGGGGUCGCGCACGUGCUAUCCGUCGCCGUGUUUCUGCGGAGCUCGGAAGAAGACGGUCGUGCAGCGCUGAUUUGCUGAUUUCUAUGCUGCUGCUGCCUCAGAGCUGCCGGAUUCUGCUGUCAUCGCUCGCUGAGACCCUCCCGAGAGUCCAGUCCAGUUUGCCCGCCUGCUCCGUGCACAGUUGCCUCCUGCGAUUAUCUUUUCCCCGCACCGCCAACCGCCUGUACAGCGCCAUGCCGGAGAAGAGGCCCUUCGAACGGCUACCCAGCGACGUUCGCCCCGUUAAUUACGGACUCAGUCUCAAGCCUGACCUCAUCGACUUCACCUUCGAGGGCAAACUGGAAGCCAUCGUGGAGGUUACACAACCCACUAAUCAGAUUGUUAUGAACUGUGCCGACAUUGACAUAAUAACAGCAACAUUUGCACCUGAAGGCGCCGAAGAGAUUAAUGCCACUGGGUUCAAUUACCAGAAUGAAGAUGAGAAAGUCACACUGUCAUUCCCUAGUGUCCUUCAGAAAGGUUCAGGCACACUAAAAAUAGAUUAUGUUGGAGAGCUUAAUGACAAAAUGAAAGGAUUUUACAGGAGCAAAUACACACUUCCAUCCGGAGAAAUUCGCUAUGCUGCUGUCACCCAGUUUGAGGCUACAGAUGCUCGGCGAGCCUUCCCUUGCUGGGAUGAGCCAGCCAUCAAAGCAACAUUUGACAUUGUACUCAUUGUGCCUAAAGACAGAGUAGCUUUGUCUAACAUGAACGUCAUUGAUCGGAAGCCAUAUGUUGAAGAUGACAGCCUUGUAGAAGUAAAGUUUGCCAGGACACCUAUAAUGUCCACUUACCUGGUGGCUUUUGUAGUUGGCGAAUACGACUUUGUUGAAGGGAAGUCAUCCGAUGGAGUCUUAGUACGUGUCUACACACCUGUUGGGAAAGCAGAGCAAGGAAAGUUUGCAUUAGAGGUGGCAACAAAGACCUUACCAUUUUACAAAGUCUACUUCAAUGUUCCAUACCCUCUCCCUAAAAUUGAUCUCAUUGCAAUUGCUGACUUUGCAGCUGGUGCCAUGGAAAACUGGGGCCUAGUAACUUACAGGGAGACCGCUCUACUGAUUGAUCCCAAGAACUCCUGCUCGUCAUCUCGGCAGUGGGUGGCCCUCGUGGUUGGACAUGAAUUGGCACAUCAGUGGUUUGGAAAUCUAGUAACAAUGGAAUGGUGGACUCAUCUGUGGUUAAAUGAGGGAUUUGCCUCCUGGAUUGAGUAUCUUUGUGUAGAUCACUGCUUUCCUGAAUAUGAUAUAUGGACCCAGUUUGUGUCUGCUGAUUACACACGUGCUCUCGACCUCGAUGCUCUGGAUAACAGUCACCCCAUUGAAGUCAGUGUUGGACAUCCCUCAGAAGUUGAUGAGAUAUUUGAUGCCAUUUCGUACAGCAAAGGAGCGUCAGUCAUCCGUAUGCUGCACGACUACAUAGGUGAUGAGGACUUCAGGAAAGGAAUGAAUACCUACCUUUUAAAAUUUCAGCACAGAAAUGCUUCUACAGAGGAUUUGUGGGACUGUCUAGAGCAAUCCAGUGGAAAGCCAAUUGCUGCUGUCAUGAGCACGUGGACCAGACAGAUGGGUUUUCCUAUUAUUUUUGUUGAGCAGGAGCAGCAAGGUGAAGACCGAAUUUUGAAACUGUCGCAGAAGAAAUUUUGUGCUAGUGGUCUUCACACUGGUGAGGACUGCCCUACCUGGAUGGUUCCCAUCAAUAUAUGCACAAGUGACGACCCUUCCUGCUCCCAAAUGAGUGUGCUGCUUAAUGGCUCUGGCACCACUGUGACAGUAAAGAAUGUGAGGCCGGACCAGUGGGUGAAGAUAAACCCAGGGACUGUUGGCUUUUACCGUAUUCACUACAGUUCUUCAAUGCUGGAUAAUCUUCUUCCUGGAAUCCGAGACCUCACUCUGCUACCUGUGGACAGACUUGGUCUACAAAAUGAUCUCUUCUCAUUGGCUCGCGCUGGCAUGAUCAGCACUGUGGAGGUGCUCAAGGUGAUGGAAGCCUUCGUCAAUGAACCAAACUACACAGUCUGGAGUGAUCUGAGCUGCAAUCUUGGAAUCCUGUCUUCCUUACUAUCCCACACUGAUCACCAUGAAGAGAUCCAGGAGUUCAUUCGAGACCUCUUCACACCCAUUGGGCAGAAGCUUGGCUGGGAUGCUAAGCAGGGAGAGGGUCAUUUGGACGUCUUACUGAGGGGUUUGGUGCUAGGGAAACUUGGGAAAGCUGGACAUAAGCCAACUCUGGAAGAAGCUCGUCAGCGUUUUAAAGAUCACGUUGAAAGCAAACAUGUACUGUCUGCUGAUCUGAGGAGUCCGGUGUAUGUCACAGUUUUAAAGCAUGGAGACAGUAGUACUUUGGAAACUAUGCUGAAGCUUCACAAACAGGCAGACAUGCAAGAAGAAAGGAACCGCAUUGAGAGAGUGCUUGGGGCAAUUGCAGCACCAGAGCUCAUCCAGAAGGUUCUCAACUUUGCUCUAUCGGAAGAAGUGCGUCCUCAGGAUACGGUGUCAGUAAUUGGUGGUGUUGCAGGCAGCAGUAAGCAGGGCAGAAAGGCAGCUUGGAAGUUUAUUCGAGAUAAUUGGGAGGAGCUUUACAACCGGUACCAGGGAGGCUUCCUCAUCUCCAGGUUAAUCAAGCUUUGUGUUGAUGGAUUUGCAGCUGAUAAGAUGGCGGCAGAGGUCAAGGCCUUCUUUGACAGUCACCCGGCCCCUGCAGCAGAGCGCACCGUGCAGCAAUGUUGUGAGAAUAUUCUUCUGAAUGCAGCCUGGCUAAAGAGAGACUCAGAAGCCAUUCAUGAAUACCUGCGGCAGCGCAAGGCUCCUCCAGCAGCCAAUGUGUGAUCCUGCUCUUCCCCAUUUCCCUGGUCUCAUGGGAGGGGGCUGAGGCAAAGGGGAGGUCUGCUGUGAAAACAAAAUUGAGUCAUUUCUCCAAAAUCAAGCAGAAAACUGGUUGGGACUGAAUGUAGUUAACCCCGUUCUGCCCUCGUGAGAGUUCGUUCAGCUGAAUGCCAACAAAAGGAAUGAAAAGCAACAAGUUGAUUUUGCGUGCACACACACACACACACACACACACACACACACACAAAUGCAAAGUUGAAUUUGAAAGCAGAUUUAAGCACGUAUAGGAUGUGAAAGCAACAAAGAAAAAAUAUAUAAAUUAAUAAAAACAAAUUAUCAGUACGUCUGGGCAGGGGUGGGUUAACACAAUGUGCUUUAGCAGGAGAAUUUGUUCCAGCACUGAGGGGUUUACUGGGAAAAGCAGAAGCUGGCAUAAAACUUGAUAUCUAUCCAGUGUUUCAUAAUGCAAGACGUUACUCAGAAGUGGUGGUCUUUACAUCUUUUUCUUUUCUUUUUUUUUUUUUUUUUAUACCCUUCUUCACUGAGGAACCUUUUUAUUCAAUGACGAAUCGAAUAGAUUGUUUUUGGUUUAAUCAUUUCCAUGUCACUCAGUAAAAUUAGGCAAAUGAGUACAAUUUUGGCACUCUGUCCUAGUUUCCUGUUAUUUGAAGGGAGAUAACUUGAAAGCAGUAUUUUAACUUUUAAGAAAUGACUGACCGUGCUUUCAUGUUCUUCUCCCCUGAAUUUCCAUAGAUGUUUACAGGUAAAAGAAUUACGAAAUAAUAAUACAAAGCAUUUUAUGUCUUGUCUGUCUGUUAAGGCCCCAGGUUUGCCAUAACAAGUAAUACUAGUUUAUUUUUAUUUCUUAUGGCAAUUGUAUCAUUUCAGAAGCCUUAAAUAGGUUAAGCUGAUUUGCAAUAAUAAUUACACUGUGAAGUGACAAAUGACUACACAGGCCAACAGUAUAAUACUAAUGGUUGAGAAGAAAGGAGGUGGGUCUGCCCAUUGAGUGGUUGACUGGUGUGUUUAACCAUAAUUUGAUUUUUAUUGGGGGGGGGG